AUGGCGCCUCCAGCAAUCUCUUCCCUCCCCGUCAGCGUCAUUCCAACGACGUUCCUCGCCGCCACGCGCCUGCGCCGAAUUCUACAGCAGGGAGGUGGGGGCGGAGCGGGGCGAACUCAAGCAGCAGUUGGGCAGCAGCUGGACGGCGCGAGCCAAUGA